AGUCUUUCUCCUCCACGUGUGGACGCGGGAUGGCGGCGGCGGCGGCGGCGGAUGAGGCGGCGGCGCGCGACGUGCAGCGGCUGCUGGUGCAGUUCCAGGAUGAGGGCGGGCAGCUGCUGGGCUCCCCGUUCGACGUGCCCGUGGACAUCACCCCGGACAAGCUGCAGCUCGUGUGCAACGCGCUGCUGGCCCAGGAGGAUCCCUUGCCACUGGCUUUCUAUGUCCAUGAUGCCGAGAUCAUCUCGUCACUGGGGAAGACGCUGGAGUCCCAGGCCGUGGAGACAGAGAAGGUCCUUGACAUCAUCUACCAGCCACAGGCCAUCUUCAGGGUCCGUGCUGUGACCCGCUGCACUAGCUCUUUGGAAGGUCACAGCGAGGCGGUCAUUUCUGUGGCUUUCAGCCCCACGGGAAAGUACCUGGCCAGUGGCUCCGGAGACACUACUGUGCGCUUCUGGGAUCUCAGCACCGAGACACCGCAUUUCACAUGCCAGGGACACAGACACUGGGUGCUUAGCAUAUCCUGGUCCCCAGAUGGCAAGAAGCUGGCCUCAGGCUGCAAGAAUGGCCAGAUUCUCCUGUGGGACCCAAGCACAGGGAAGCAGGUGGGCAGGGCCCUGGCUGGCCACAGCAGGUGGAUCACGGGCCUGAGCUGGGAGCCCCUCCACGCGAACCCGGCGUGCCGCUAUGUGGCCAGCAGCUCCAAGGAUGGCAGCGUGCGGGUCUGGGAUACAACUGCAGGCCGCUGUGAGCGCAUCCUCACCGGGCACACGCAGUCAGUCACCUGUCUCCGGUGGGGAGGGGACGGGCUUCUCUACUCUGCCUCCCAGGACCGCACCAUCAAAGUCUGGAGGGCUCAUGAUGGUGUGCUGUGCCGGACUCUGCAAGGCCACGGCCAUUGGGUGAAUACCAUGGCACUCAGCACUGACUACGCCCUGCGUACAGGCGCCUUUGAGCCUGCCGAGGCCUCGGUUAACGCCCAAGACCUCCAAGGGUCCUGUGAGUGGGCGGGAAGGAGCCACUUCUCUGGCUUAAUGUGCGAGAUUUGGACCUGGGCCGGGGUGUUUGCUGUUGGCGUGGGAUUUUCUAAUCGGUCACCUCAUCUCCUCCUCUCCCCUCCGGUACCUGGCCACAGUGCAGGAGCUGAAGGAUGGGGCUCUGAGGCGAUACAACCUGGUGCGGCAGAGGACAAGAAGCCCCUUGCACGGAUGACGGGACACCAGGCCCUCAUCAACCAGGUGCUCUUCUCCCCUGACUCCCGCAUUGUCGCCAGUGCCUCCUUCGAUAAGUCUGUCAAACUGUGGGACGGCAGGACGGGCAGGUACCUGGCUUCCCUGCGUGGCCAUGUGGCUGCUGUGUACCAGAUCGCGUGGUCAGCCGAUAGCCGGCUCCUGGUCAGCGGCAGCAGCGACAGCACGCUGAAGGUGUGGGAUGUGAAGGCGCAGAAGCUGGCUGCGGACCUGCCAGGCCAUGCAGAUGAGGUGUAUGCUGUCGACUGGAGUCCAGAUGGCCAGAGGGUGGCAAGUGGUGGCAAGGACAAAUGCCUCCGGAUAUGGAGGAGAUGAGAAAUCCCAAGUUCUCUGGGACCCCCACCUGGACCUGCCGCUGCCAGCCGCCUGCCCUGACACAGACCCAAGGCCAGGGUGGUGACCCUGCAAAUGAGCAUGGCCUGCUGCCCUUGAACAGCCCCCAGUGGGGUCCCUCCCCAGAGCAGGAGAGCGGAGCUCACGGGGGACUACCAGUGAGCUCAGCCGUUGGCUAUCACUCUGUACCUCGCUGGAGGUGGGGGGGGCCACGCAAUGACUGGAGCCCUGCUGCUGCCCCUUCUCCUUUCCUAAGUGUUCUUUUUACUCAGAGUCAGACCCGAGAUUCUGUGACCUAAUAAAUCACUUCUGU